AUGAUCCGGACUUGUUUCCCCCCUCCUCAAGAACCUCCAGUGUUUGCCCACCCGCCUCCACACCAAAAACUCCUCCUGUUUGUUUUUAAAGCAAUUACCUGUUCCUCUGCAGUCACAGAUCAGCUCCCACGAGUUUCCAGCAACCUUUCCCUUCAGGCAAUCAGUCGCAGAUUCACGGAUGAAAAGUUGGUGAGCAAAGAGCACAAAAUCACAAGCUCAUGGAAUUUCUCCCGCGGGACGAAUCCUCGUUCAAAUCCCAGAAGCUCGGAGCCCCGGGAAAGAGGCCGCGAGAAGAGACAUCUCUCCCGACGGGAACAUGAUGGAAGUGAAGAGAGGGAAGCCAAGCAACUGAAAAGGGAACAGGAAAGGAAAUUCGGGUCCAUGGAGGAGGAGAAGGAGGAGGCGACGAGGAGUUUUCCAGCGAGGGGAGGUGGCAGCGGGAUCGAAUCCAAGUACGGCCACCGUCUUGGAAAGGCCUUGGAAAACCAGGCCUUUGACGUCGAGCGUCUGAGACACGAAGAGCGAAGGCAGUUGCUGGAAAAUAUCGAACAGGCAGCUGCUGUGGUGCUGACUCUGGUCUAUCAGGAUGGUUCUUCGCAGCUAAAACCCGACAAAAGUCAGACCGGCAGGCUCGGGCCUUCCACCGCCAACACAGCCGCUGAGGAUGAACUGGACGGACGCGACAGGCACGUUUUCCUGGGAAUGGGACCCUCUUCGAAGUGGGGCCAGGAAGGCGAGGCGAAUGAUCGCUUCUCCAGGAAAGUGCUGUUUCAAAUACUAAAGUGUGCAAGUCCAGUUAUUUGCUUUAAUGCGAAGGAUUUUUUAAGAACUGUCCUGCAGAGCUCCGGCCGUGAGAUCACCUGGAAACAAGUUGCCAGCUGUGCUGUGUUCGAUCCCAGAAUCGCCGCCUGGCUCCUGGAUCCUAAGGACGCCGCGCCCUGUUUUGAAGAUUUGGUAGCAAAAUAUUUUGGAAAAUCCACCUCUGUGAGAACAGAGGGAGAAAACACUGAUUCUUCACCUAGUGCAGUGGAACAGAAUUUAUGUGCAAACCUGAAGAUUCUUUACAGACUGACGAUGGAUCUUUGUACUAAGUUACAGGUUUGUGGCUUGUGGCGCUUAUUUCACACUUUGGAGCUCCCCCUGAUACCGAUUUUGGCAGUGAUGGAAAGCCAGAAGAUUCAGGUGAACCAAGAAGAACUGCGAAGGACGUCAGAACUUCUUGGGGUCCGCCUGACGGAACUGGAGCAGCAGGCCCACUUCCAGGCCGGAGAACGGUUCCUUUUGACCAGCAGCCAUCAGCUCAGAGAGAUUUUGUACGACAAAUUCAAGUUGCAUCUGCUGUGCAAAAGUAAGCCUCUUCCCCGAACUCAGCGCCGGAAAUACCCAUCCACCUCAGAGGCUGCGUUAAAUGCUCUGCGGGACCUGCAUCCUUUACCCAAGAUCAUUUUAGAGUGUAAGGGAGUUCAUAAGAUGAAAUCAACCUUUGUGGAUGGACUGUUGGCGUGCAUGAAAGAGGGCUUCAUUUCACCCACGUGGAAUCAGACUGGAACUGUGAGUGGCAGACUUUCAGCCAAGCAGCCCAAUAUUCAAGGCAUCUCCAGGCACCCAAUCCAAAUUACCAGACGUCAGAACGUAAGAGGGAAAGAAGAAGAUGAAAUAGUGACUAUUUCCCCAAGAUCGAUGUUUGUUUCCGCCAAAGGUUGCGUGUUCCUAGCAGCAGACUUUUCUCAGGUGGAAUUGCGAAUCCUGGCACACCUGUCUCGUGAUCCCCAACUCCUCGGCUUGUUCCGGGAACCGGAAAGCGCGGACGUCUUCGCUUCCCUGGCUUCUCAGUGGAAAGGCCGUCCUCUGGAAGAGGUGAAGCCCGAGGAGAGAGAGCAGGCCAAGCGUGUCGUGUACUCAGCCGUGUACGGAGCAGGGAAAGAACGCCUUGCUGCUUGCCUCGAUGUCACCCCUCUUCAAGCCGGCCGGUUUAUAGAGAGUUUCCUGCAGAAAUAUAAGAAAGUUCAUGAUUUCACACAAGAAACCAUCGCCCAGUGCCACAGAAAAGGGUUCGUGGCUUCCGUCAUGGGGCGAACCAGACCCCUGGCAAACAUCAACGCUGUAGACGCCACUCUGCGAGCCCAGGCGGAGAGACAGGCCGUGAAUUUUGCCGUCCAAGGUUCUGCCGCCGACCUGUGCAAACUGGCCAUGAUUGAGAUUUUCAAGUCCAUCUCCAUUUCCCCAACUCUGUCCGCUAGGAAGACUGCCUCACCCGCUGCGAGAAAUCUUUUCUCGGAAAUAUAUAUAGUGACGAUGGCAGACAUUGCAGUGUCUAGCGAAGCCCUGCUGCUACUACUGGGGGACCGCAGCCCCGCUGAGGGGGACACCGAGGCCAGCGUAACACAGCAGGCCACCCAAGCAGCGGCUGUCAGUGGACUGACAGAGGCUGCGUGCCAGCUGGGAAGCCAAAAGAACUCUCUCAAAGCCCGCUGUCAAAUAAUGCGGCAAAGCAGGGGACUGUGGGGGAAACGCUGCAGCCUGCGGCCCCCAACCCAGCCUGGCACAGGCAGAACUUGGGGGGCAGGCAGGCUCAGUUCUGGUUCUUUGCCUUUCAAUUCUCAAGUCUGGAAGCCUUCCACUGUGAAAUCCUCUGACCUUUGUGGGGAAGCAAAAAGGCGGGGAAGCAAAGAGGCAGGGAAGCAGAAACCUUCCAUUGUGAAAUCCUCUGACCUUUGUGGGAACACACAAAGAGGCAGGGAAGCCUCAAGCAGCAGCUGGACUGCUCGAAACGUAUUUGGAAAUAGAAAAAGAAAACAUUACGUUUUGGAAAAUCGCACCUGUGACUUCGGUCCCAACACCCUCUCUCCUUCUUAUGUCAAAAAAGGCCUUUCUCCGAAAGACACGCCGUGUCCAGGGCUGGUAAGGAGCACCACGCGUGGGAGGAACCAGCUUUCUUUGAACCAGAUCCGACUGCCCUUGCAGGCCCGGAUUCAACCCACACCUGAUCCCAGCUGUGGGGGAAGCCAGGGAAUGCACAGACAGCCUAGUUUGGGGGCAGUUCGGGACGCAGAAGCAAAGGCCAAGGCUUACCUGGAAUUGUUGGUUGCCCAGAUCCAUGAUGAAUUGUUGUUUGAAGUGGAAGACUCACAGGUUCUUGAAUUUUCAGGCCUCUCCCGGCCGCCGGUCAGCGGCGUCUGGGCUCAAGGAAGAGAACUGAAAUGGAGGAGUGCUAAAUUGAAGGGUUUUGAACUGUCUUCUAGCCCUGGUGAAAAGGACGAUGGAGUCCCUGCAGCACAUUGA